AUGAACUGGGACCCGCUUUCGAGGGAGGCCGCUCCGCCGCGAUACCAGGUCGAGUCAGGCUCCGAAGACGAAGACGACCACGCGGACCUCACGUCGUCCCUCGAACAGAGAGAGCAGCACACGAUCACCAUCGAGCUCGACGGUGCGGCGGCCAGCGCGACGUCUGCGGGUCGCGAGCUCGUCGUCCUCGUGGCAGGCGCAGGCAAGGCCUGGCUGACCUCCCGAGGUGCGCCAGCAGAAGGCGGUCGCCUUCGCUACGGCCAGGACCAGCAAGCAAGCGUACACGUCCCCGCCGAUGCCUCGCAGCCUGCUGAGCUAUUCCUGAUGCCGUCGGCGGCGCUGCCACAGACAAGACUGGCACAGGUCGCCGGCUUGGUCCUCGACAGGCUCGCGCCAAAGAGCCUCGUCGUCGUCGACUCGUACAGCCCCGCCGCGUACGGCUACCAUCGGUCGCCGCAGCAGAACCAAGGCGACCGCGUCCGCUUCCUGCACUCGGGCGACUUUGAGGCGCAACGCAUCGCAGCGGAUUGGGAGCCACUCGAGGCACCCGAUGCCGUGAUCGGCGCGUCGGCCGCCCUCGUCUCUGCCGCUGCGCUGCGCGGGGUACCGGUCCUGCUAGUCCAGGUACCAGACAAGGGGCCGCAGAGCCACGCGCAACUCUACGGAUCCGGCCAGGGCGCGCGGUACACCGAGGCGGCGCAGCUCGAGGGGUCGAGCCUCGAGGCCAUCGAUGCCGUCGUUGGGCCAGGCAGGUCGGCCAAGCGGGUCGCGGCUGGCGCUGCCGGUGCCGGCCAUGCGCCUUCCCUGCUCGACUUUGUCGCUCGGCGGCGCCCCGCACUGCCUCGCGGUAGCCUCGGCGACGGCGGCAUGUACAUGUAG